AAGGAUCCACUGCUCUGCUGCUGUUGCUGCUGCCUCUGUUGCUCGCGCUGUGUAUAUGUGUGUGUCUGUGUCGGUGUGUGUGUGUGUGUGUGCGUGGCCUGAUGAGAUGAAAUGCCAGGAUUUGGCUACAUCCAGGGAGAGCCUCUCCAUCCUAUGAUGUGAACCUGCCAGCAGCACUGUGGGAUCAGGGAGAAGCUGCAUCUACUGUACCAAGCGACAGGCCUAUGGAGGACCAGGCGUGAUCCAAUGGGAGGGGAGAUAUUUUUUUAAAUUAUUCUUCUCUGCUGUGGAAAGACGGGAUUGUCGUCAUCCCCUCCAUCCAUCUUUUUUUCCUCUGUGGUGCCUCCUCCUCCACCACCACUCAUUUUUUCUCCCUCAUUCUUCUAGAGGCACUCGUUGGAAUAUCAAACCUCCAUGUAUGACAAUUUGUACCUGCAUGGAUUUGAAGACUCGGAGGCGGGCUCAGCUGAUUCGUACACUAGCAGACCAUCAGACUCAGAUGUCUCUCUGGAGGAGGAGCGGGAGGUACAGGCCCAGGUCCAGAGUCAGAGCCCAAGCCAGAGCCAAGGACCGGGACAGAGCCGUCAGGAGAAGGAGCAACAAGCCGCCAGUCAACUGGAAAGAGCCAAGUCUAAACCUGUGGCAUUUGCUGUGAGGACCAACGUCAGCUACUGUGGUGCACUGGAUGAGGAUGUUCCAGUACCGGCCACAGCCAUCUCCUUUGAUGCCAAGGAUUUCCUCCACAUAAAAGAGAAGUUCAACAAUGACUGGUGGAUCGGCCGGUUAGUGAAAGAGGGCUGUGAGAUCGGCUUCAUCCCCAGCCCCCUGAAGCUCGAGAACAUCCGACUCCAGCAGGAGCAAAAGAGAGGACGAGUCCAAGGUAAGUCUGGAGGGAACUCUUCUUCCAGUGUAGAGGAUGAGGUGUCUGCCUCUAUCCGACCCCUCAUAUCCUCGGCAGGAAAGCAGAAACAGAAAGUGACGGAGCACUUCCCCCCGUAUGAUGUGGUUCCCUCCAUGAGGCCUGUGGUGCUGGUGGGACCUUCACUCAAGGGUUAUGAGGUAACAGACAUGAUGCAAAAAGCACUGUUCGACUUCCUCAAGCACAGAUUUGAUGGCAGGAUAUCUAUCACCCGCGUCACGGCAGAUAUAUCAUUAGCCAAGCGGUCGGUUCUCAACAACCCCAGUAAGAGGGCCAUCAUUGAAAGAUCCAACACUCGCUCAAGCUUAGCUGAAGUGCAGAGUGAGAUCGAGCGGAUCUUUGAGCUGGCCCGCUCCCUGCAGCUGGUGGUGCUGGACGCCGACACCAUCAACCACCCAGCCCAGCUCCUCAAGACCUCCCUGGCCCCCAUCAUCGUCCAUGUUAAGGUCUCCUCACCAAAGGUGUUGCAGAGGUUAGUCAAGUCCAGAGGGAAAUCCCAGAGCAAACACCUGAAUGUGCAGCUUGUGGCAGCAGACAAACUGGCCCAGUGUCCUCCGGAAAUGUUUGACAUCAUCCUGGAUGAGAACCAGCUGGAGGAUGCCUGUGAGCAUCUCGCUGAAUACCUCGAGGCCUACUGGAAAGCAACCCAUACCUCAAUGGCGACACCCCUAAACCCCCUGCUGGGACGCAACCUGGGCCCGACAACCCUCACCCCCUACCCAGCCAGCAUCUCUGGGCUGCAGCAGAGCCAAAAAAUGCGACAGAGCAACCACACAGGAGACCAUUCUACCCCGAAUGAACGACGCAACCUGAUGACAGCAGACGAAAAUUACCACAAUGAGCGGGCACACAAGGGACGCAACCGCAUGUCGUCCAGCUCACAGCACAGCCGAGAGCAGCAGGACCCCUACCAGGACUACCAGGACCCCUAUCAGGAUGCAUACAAGCCACAUCGCAAUCGCAGUUCCCCGGGCAGCUACAGCCAUGACUCCAGACACCGGCUCUGAGCCCACUUCUGUUACCACUGGGGCCUGAACCAGAACAAUCGCUGCAACAGAGCCAAGAUGGUCCCUUUUUGUUUUGGUUCAUGUUAAUUUCUUUUGUCUACCUGGUUAUUUUUCUCUUUCAGGUGUUUGUCUAUACUCUAACUGCCAGAGCAGCCCCUGUUAACCAACAGAACAAGCCGUCUAGAGGUUCAGGUUGCCAACAUUAACAAGAUUUCCUUUCAUUUGUGUUACUGGGACCAUGUGGGACUGUACUAACACAAUGCUCAGCAGAUGUGCAGCGCCGACCGUGCUUGCUGCCUGUGUCAGCAAGCUGACUGUGGAUAGUGGUCAGAUGGUGAUGGUGUGUGGGCUUUUGAGUACCUGGGACAUGGCACCGGGUCAGAGAGAGGCACACUGCACACAGACCAAUGAGGCUGCUGACCCCUCUCCUGGGCCAUGUGUAAAUCCUCUCACCAUUUAGCUUAUUGCAUGCUGAUAGAUGAUUGACCUCUGCACUUCAUUGAUAUUUUGUACCUAGCAUUCUGGACUCGCCCGUGAUGAGGUGUAGAUACGAUGGUCUGUUUUUUAAUAACCUGGUUGUGGAUAGGCGGUAAGGUAGGUGGUGAGUUUGUGGCAGGGCACAAAGAUGAUAUCUGGCUGCUGGUCUUGAAAACUGGUGCUUCACAUUCCCAAACUAUUUUGCUAUUUGAAAGUCACUUUGAGCAAAGCCAGCUUUUCUGUAGCAUAGCUUUAGGAUUUGAGUUAGGUGAUGACUCACUGUCGCAGGUGGAACAGAUUGGGAUGGUGCUGGGAUCAGCUCUCAGUCACACUG